CCCAAAGACGCCUCAACGGAUGAAGGAGUUGUGGCAACAGCUGGCAGAGCAAUUUAAUUCGUGCAUAGGACCAAUACGAAGUGCUGCAAAAUGGAAAGAGACGUUAGGCGUUUGGAAAAGCCAACUGCGCACUCGAGCAAGGCGGUUGAAAAUGACUCAAAGGCUCACAGUGGAGGUCCAAGUUCCAAGCCGAUGACGGACUUCGAAGAAAUGGCUUUGUCUACAUUUGGCUCGGCCGCUGUAGAUGGGAUGCAAAAUGUACAAAGCCUAGGUUUAACGCCAAUUGAGCAAACAGAUGAAUGCGCAAUUUCAUCACCCACGGGUAGUCCUCAACAAUUAUGCAGUCAGGUAGAUGCAAGCCCAAAUCCCGAACACCUAACAGCAAGUCCAUUGACACCAUCUACGUAUCUUAGCUUGGAAAACCAGGAUGCUUCAACUUUGGUACUAUCACGAAGUGCACGAAAUAAGCUUAUCAGCACUUUGAUAGCUGAUAUACCAAAAAGGAAUGCUGCUGAGGAAGAGAGGCGACGGGAGCAUCGUGAAAUGAUGCAGGCCAUUCAAGGCCUAACUAGUUCUAUAACAGAACUUAUAAAAUCGUUUAAUAGUAAUGAAAAAUAAUAUCUAAAGUUUAAAUAAAAUUGAAAUAACGUAUGUGUAACAUUUUUAUUGAAUUAAGUUUGGUUUUUUGUUUUACAAUAGAAUAAAAAAAAUGGAAUGGAAAUUUCAAUUUGUUUUCUUUUAAUAAAAAGGAUAAAUAAAUAAACAACCAAUGGAAGUAAGUAGUGUAUUUCGAAAGUCGAAUUGUGAGAACAUUUAUAUAUGUACAUAAGA